GAUGAAUUUCACCAAUCAGCCUGGCCUAAGAAAGACCCUCACCUUAACCUUACCGAGAAGUGGAGCCUUCUUUAUCUGUCUUCUCUGGGUAAGCUGCCGUGCCUGUGUCAGCAGCGCUAUAAAGGAUUUCAGUCUGCCAUGGGUCUCUCUGUUUAUGUUGAUGUGAAAUCGGCAAGCCGGGCGAAUUCCUUACUACUUACUAUAAGAAAACCUCCGUUGCAGUCAUUUCCAAUUCCCUUUGCCCUUGCUGUUGAUCCCGACCAGUUCCCUGCUAGAGGUAAUAAGUGUCUAGUCUCUGCCCCAGAGGGUAACAUCAUAUUUCUAGUACGAGUGCCCAGUGGGUUAUCUGUAUCUGUCAACCCCUCCUCUGAGUCAGUUGCCUUCCCUGGGUUCCUGCAAGCAAGUCAAGCCUGCGAGCCAGUGUCAGUCCUCCAGACGAGGCAAUCAAUGGAUAGGGUUCCCUAA